GCUUGACUCGAGCAUUCAUUUAUUUUCUCUACCAGAGGCUAACAAUAUCUGGUCUUGACGUGCGAAAGCCCCAGAUAUGGUCUUUGGUGACCUGUGUCUAUUCAAACCAGCACAAUGACCGCAGAUGUCCAGCGCGCAACGGCGCAAAUCCUAUCAAGCAGGAGUGACCGCGAUCCCAGCUACGACGAGUUCUCGUUCAUCCCUUUUCUCCGCAAAAGCUUUGGCUUCGGCCUCGCCAGCGAUGUCCCGGUGUGCAAGGCGUACAGUGAAGGCCACUGCCCCCUGGGGCCUGCGUGUCCUGAUCGACACCCCACACCGUCGCGCGUGACGACGUCGACCACCACCGCGUCGGGCCUGGCGCCCUCGACCACGCACGGCUCGCUGGUCUGCAAACACUUUCUGAAAGGGCUGUGCAAGAAAGGGAUGAAAUGCGAGUAUCUGCACGAAUACAACCUGCGCCGUAUGCCGGAGUGCCAGUCGUUCUCGCGGUCCGGCUACUGCCCCAACGGCGACGACUGUCUCUACCAACAUGUCCGGGAACAAGCCCGACUACCCCCGUGCGAAAACUACGACCGAGGGUUCUGCGAGCUGGGGCCCUUGUGUUCGAAACGGCAUGUCCGCCGGCGGAUCUGCGGGUUCUACCUGGCUGGCUUUUGCCCGGACGGCAAGGCUUGCCCGGACGCACAUCCUCGCUGGACAGAGAAUCUCCCCAAACCUACGAUGAGGGUGGAGAAGACGGAGGAGGAGCUGGAGCGAGAAAAGGCCCUAAUUCUGGAGGAACAGGAGAAGGAGAAGGAACGGGAGCGGGAGUGGAGGAGCGAGCGCGGCCGGGGAGGUGGGUUCAUGCGCGGGAGAUAUCGUGGUCGUGGCAGAGCAUGACCUUCUUUUUCUUCUUCUUCUUCUUCUUCUUCUUCUUUCUUUUUGUUGGUAUUGUCUUGGGAUGUUCCCCUCUCUUCCCCCCGUCUCGUCCUCCGACAGGGACCUACCUACUAUAUACGGAAGUGCAUUAGCGUCAAGGUGCAUCGUU